CUGAUGUGGUGGAGGAGUGCGAGUCAGUGAACGCAGCAUUAAUGUGAGUCACAUGACAGGCCAACCUCUCCGGCUCAUCUGACACACAUCUAAUAAUCAUGCCCACCACACAGCAGUCUCCCCAGGAUGAACAGGAGAAGCUUCUUGAUGAGGCUGUGCAGGCUGUCAAGGUCCAGUCGUUCCAGAUGAAGCGAUGCCUGGACAAGAACAAGCUGAUGGAUGCUCUGAAGCACGCCUCCAACAUGCUGGGUGAGCUGAGGACCUCGAUGCUUUCUCCAAAGAGCUACUAUGAGCUAUAUAUGGCUAUCUCUGACGAACUCCACUACCUAGAAGUUUAUCUGACUGAUGAGUUUGCCAAAGGACGCAAGGUGGCAGAUCUCUAUGAGCUGGUCCAGUAUGCAGGCAACAUCAUUCCCAGACUCUACCUGCUGAUCACAGUGGGUGUCGUGUACGUUCGCUCCUUCCCCCAGUCUCGUAAGGACAUUCUGAAGGACCUGGUGGAGAUGUGUCGUGGGGUCCAGCACCCACUCAGGGGCCUCUUCCUCCGAAACUACCUAUUGCAGUGCACCCGCAACAUUCUGCCAGAUGACGGAGAGCCGGCAGAGGGAACAGAGGAGAUGACCGGUGACAUCAAUGACUCGAUCGACUUCGUCCUCCUGAACUUUGCGGAAAUGAACAAGUUAUGGGUCCGAAUGCAGCACCAGGGUCACAGCCGUGACCGAGAGAAGAGAGAAAAGGAGCGACAAGAACUUAGGAUUCUGGUCGGAACCAACCUAGUUCGCCUCAGCCAGCUGGAGGGUGUCAACGUGGAUAAGUACAAACAGAUUGUUCUUUCUGGAGUGCUGGAACAGGUUGUGAACUGCAGGGACUCGUUGGCUCAGGAGUAUCUAAUGGAGUGCAUCAUUCAGGUUUUCCCAGAUGAGUUUCACCUUCAAACCCUGAACCCUUUCCUACGUUCGUGCGCUGAGCUCCAUCAACAUGUCAAUGUCAAGAACAUCAUCAUUGCCCUCAUUGACAGACUCGCUCUCUUUGCCCAUCGAGAAGAUGGCCCUGGCAUUCCAGCUGAGAUUAAACUGUUUGACAUCUUCUCUCAGCAAGUGGCCACCGUCAUUCAAUCUCGCCAGGACAUGCCAUCAGAGGACGUGGUCUCUCUACAGGUCUCUCUCAUUAACUUAGCCAUGAAAUGCUACCCUGACCGUGUGGACUAUGUAGAUAAAGUCCUGGAGAGCACCGUGGAGAUAUUCAACAAGCUCAACUUGGAACACAUAGCGACCAGCAGUGCCGUGUCAAAGGAACUCACCAGACUGUUGAAGAUCCCGGUGGACACCUACAACAACAUCCUGACGGUGCUGCAGCUCAAGCACUUCCCGCCGCUCUUCGAGUACUUCGACUACGAGUCGCGCAAGAGCAUGAGCUGCUAUGUGCUGACCAACACGCUGGACUACAACACCACCAUUCUGGCACAGGAACAGGUGGACGCCAUCUUGACCUUGGUAUCCACACUGAUACAGGACCAGCCUGACCAACCAGCUGAUGACCCUGACCCCGAGGACUUUGCUGAGGAGCAGAGCCUUGUGGGUCGUUUCAUCCAUCUGCUCCACUCUGAAGAUCCUGAUCAACAAUACCUUAUUCUGAACACAGCCCGGAAACACUUUGGGGCGGGUGGAAACCUAAGGAUUCGCUACACCCUCCCUCCCCUGGUGUUCGCUGCCUACCAACUGGCCUUCAGAUACAAGGAAAACUCUUCAUCGGAUGACAAGUGGGAGAAAAAGUGCCAGAAGAUCUUCUCCUUCGCCCACCAGACCAUCAGCGCUCUGAUCAAGGCGGAGCUCGCCGAGCUGCCUCUGCGACUCUUCCUGCAGGGGGCGCUGGCCGCAGGGGAGAUCGGCUUCGAGAACCACGAGACCGUAGCUUACGAGUUCAUGUCACAGGCCUUCUCUCUGUAUGAGGAUGAGAUCAGUGACUCCAAAGCCCAGCUGGCAGCCAUCACGUUGAUCAUCGGUACCUUUGAGCGAAUGCGGUGUUUCAGCGAGGAGAACCACGAGCCGCUGAGGACUCAGUGUGCGCUGGCCGCCUCCAAGCUGCUGAAGAAGCCCGACCAGUGCCGAGCCGUCAGCAUCUGCGCUCAUCUCUUUUGGUCGGGUCGCAGCACCGACAAAAGUGGUGAAGAGAUUCGUGAUGGCAAGCGGGUGAUGGAAUGUUUAAAGAAAGCCCUCAAGAUCGCCAACCAGUGUAUGGACCCAUCGCUGCAAGUCCAGCUCUUCAUUGAAAUCCUCAACAGAUACGUCUGCUUCUACGAGAGGGAAAACGAUGCGGUGACCGUCGCGGUAUUAAACCAGCUUAUCCAGAAAAUCAGGGAAGAUCUUCCCAACCUGGAGGCGAGCGAGGAAACGGAGCAGAUCAACAAACACUUCCACAACACACUGGAGCACCUUCGCCUGCAGAGAGAAUCCCCUGAGUCUGAGGGCCCCGCCUAUGAGGGCCUGGUCCUUUAAAAAAAACGAUCGCAGGUUGGAAGGAAGUCUACCCCUUUAGAUGUUUCACUAUAUUAUAGAAAAAUACAACAGCACACACAGUAUCCCAUCCUGUAGGCCUGAGAUUAAAAAAAAAAAAUACAUGUCGAGAAGAGCUCAAAGAACUCACUACUUCAUUUUAUUAUUAUAAUUAUUGUUAAUGUUUUUCUGCAUCAUUUCAUCUUCACGUUCCCUCACUAGCAGAACUGUAUUCUGCGACAGGUUGGAGAUGUUCCAUUUUUUAAGAAGCGUGUGCCAGCUGCACUGCACUAAGUUUCAGUGUGCGCUUGUGGCAGUCGUGGGGCAUUCAUAUUCCUUUUAUGAAUUCCUGCCUGACUAAUUUGUCUUUAACCUAUUAUCAUUUUAUUGUCAACGGUAGACUCACUAGCUGACAUAGGUGUAUCACCUCUCUUCACAUCCAUAUGGAAAGUGCGUAUUAGAGAGUUCUAUAACGGCUACAGAAUCUUACUAGUGGUGUUACAGCUGUAUCGCGAGCUGGCUUCCAUCCCUUAAUAAUCAUCUAUAACUCUGCUGUUCUUUAGGGAUUGGGUUUGUCGCAAGCUUUUAAGAGGUUGGUGACCAACCAAAACUGAAGACCAGACAAAUUGAAGCGUAAGCAAAGUUUGGCCCUAAAAGGAAAAAGGUGCAAACAAUGUUGUUCCCAUCAAAAAACGGAUGGAUGUCAAUUCAGUUUAUAAUUGUGUAGAAUUUUGCAUGAUCCUUAAUUCCUCUGCCAUUCUGUGCUGCAAUGAAAUUACAAAUUAUUCCAAAAAAACCUCACUAAUUGACAUGUUUUUCCUCAUACUUGCGCUGUUUUCUUUUUUUUUUUUUUUUUUUUUUAUAAAAUCAGUUCUGUCUCUCCAUCCUUCUAUGGACUCCAUAGUUCAUGAAUUAGUUUAUUUCUGGACUUGUCGCCAGUGGAUUGACACAUUCAGAACUGCAGCAUGUGUUGUGCAUGCUUUAGUUUGCUUGUACUAUAAGGCCUUCAGUUCACCAACUACAAUGUCAAACUUUUUCAUCAUUUUUUUGUUGAUCAAUGAAAUCCCGUUGCUUGGUGAGACUGUUGUUUCGGAUUAAUCUGUGGUGGGGGGGGUGGGGGGUGGAGUGAUUUCUCAGGAUUGUAUGCUAGUUAACAAGUCGCCAUGCUGAGUACCAUACGAUGUACAUGUGUGCUGCAGCAACUGACAACUGUGUCUCCUAAUGUCUCCUAUUCGCUAUUAUUGUUGAUCUGUUAUUGACCAAUUUCUUUUCCCCCUUUUUAAAUCUGUGUACACCUACUUGUAAAUCAAAUAAAGAUUAAAUAGCAAUUAUCAUUGUCAUUUGCUGAAAUAAAAUUGAUAUUAACAAUA